AUGCACUUCUCAACAUCAGGCGUUGGCAUAUUCUGCGCCGUCUGGGCACAGGGGCAGUUAGCGAGUGCUGUAGCCACGCAGUCUUACAUACCCUUCAAGUUGAUCAACAGCAGCACGAUCGCCGAGAUCACAUCUCAACCGGGUAACCUUGAUGGCCCAAAAUUGAAGCCUGGCGUUAACGAAACGUCGUUCGACUGGUGGUACUUUGAUGUCGUCUCUACAACCUCAAAGAACGAGUCACUCACUAUCGUCUUCUACAACUCUGGCCCCUCAAGCCUUGGCAACCCUGGUGGCCCUUUAAGCAUCCAGGUCACGGGCGUGUUCGCCAACGGUACCGCGUUUGGGACCAUUGCCGAUGCGACCUGUGGGGCGACGAUGAAGAACGACGAGGACGGCAUCUCAUCGGUCUGGAAUGGCGCCGGUGCCUCAUUUACGGGAACCAGCCUGGAUCAACGCGGCGUUGAGUACACAGUCGCCAUUGACAACCCGACCAUUGGUAUAAACGGCACACUCACCCUCAAAUCAGUGUCGCUUCCUCACUACCCCUGCGACCUCAAUAAGCCCGGCGUGUCUCAGCAGAUCAUUCCUGAUGUUUUUUGGUCUAACGCCGUCCCUGAUGCUGUCGCAACUGCAGAUUUCGCUAUCGCAGGGUCUCCCCUCCGCUUCACGGGUAACGGUUACCAUGACAAGAACUGGGCGGCCACAAUCUUCAGCGACACGUUUAACACCUGGUACUGGGGCCAUGCCCGACUGGGCCCUUACUCCCUCGUGUGGUUCGACGUCGUGACAAAAGACGGAAGGGAGCACUUUUCGUCAUGGAUCACCAAAGAUGGAGAGCUUUUUACCCAGAGUUGCCAGCCAAAUUCGGUCGUGGUGAGGCCGUGGGGACAAAACAGCGAGUUUCCCCCAACGCCCAAGAUGCCUGCACCGUCGGGCUACAUGAUCCAAUACGACCUCGGCGGGGGAAAGGCGUUCGUUGCCAACUUUACCAGCGAGAACAUUCAGCUGUCGACUAAUACUUAUAAGAGGAUGACUGGGCCGAUUGUCGGCGGCGUCGAAGGACACGAGCAGUACAGCGGCCGGUCGCUCUGCGAGCAGUUUCAAUACCAGUAG